AUGUCUGGAUUUCCCGAAACCUACGGCAUACCAACACUGGUACCGCCGCCAGAAGGUUAUAUCGUUGAUUUCGAAAACCCGCAACGACAGGCGGUCCUCGAACACUAUUUGAUCUUUGGCAUCGGCGGCCCCUUGGCGUUUAUUGCGUUGAUGCAGCGCUUCUACACCAAGAUCUUCCUUUCCAAAGGAUUGCAGAUUGAUGACGCUUUCAUGGCCUUGGCUUGGGUAUCCUCUAUCCUGACCCAAGCACUUCUCACCCAUGCCGUCUCCAUCAAGACCCUCACGGCCCAUGCCUGGGAGAUCCCUUUGGACAACUUCCGGAAAUAUCAACUUCUUACCUAUGCCGCUGGUGGGAUUUUCAUGCUGUGCAAUGGCUUCACAAAGCUUUCUCUCUUGACAUUCUAUCUGCACAUCUCGCCGGAGAAGCCUUUCAGGAUCGCCGUCUGGACUAGCAUUGGCAUCGUUGGCGUCUACACAUCUGUGAUUACUACCAUGCUGUUUGUCAACUGCAGCCCACCUCGCAAAGCCUUCGACGUCACUAUUACCGAGGGACACUGCAUCGAUGUUGCGAUUCUGUACAUCGCGACCGCCGCAUCCAACAUAUUUACAGACUUGAUCCUGUUUAUCUUGCCUAUUCCUACCGUGCUGAAACUUCGAAUGAGCAACGUACAGAAGAUUGGUGCGAUGUGCGUCUUUGGCAUCGGAUCUGUGACUGUCGCCACGUCAAUAGUCCGUCUAGUUCUGCUCUUUCCUGCUCUGGCCAGCACGGACAUUACCUGGGAUGCCGCUCCGGCAAACAUCUGGUCCUUCCUCGAAGCGAACUUGUUCAUUAUAUGCGGCUCCUUCCCUACCCUGCGCAAGUUCUUCAAGCACUUUGCGCCCAAGCUCAUGGGCUCCUCGAACCUCUCCUACGGACGAUCCCACUCCUACGGGCCUUCCGCCUACGCGAACGCACAGUCAGGUGUCGGUCGGCAACGGAAAGAUCGAAGCCAAUACGAGCAGUUUCCCGACGAGAACGAGAUGCGCACGUUUACGUCCAAGACCCGCGAAGGCGACAAGGAGCGGGGUGUCACGAUGGCUACGGUGGAUGCUGGAAGCAUGGUUGACCAGGACACGGACGGGCACAGCGACAAGGCAAUUCUUCACGGCGACAAGGCGAUCAUGCAGACGACCUCUUUUACCGUUCGCUACGAUUAG